ACAAUCUCCAGGAUGUCACUGCCGGCGAGAUUAUCGAUCUCCACCAACCGAGCUUUCGCAACAUCCAGCGUUCUGAACCGGACAGAUUUCCUCGCGAAGCACCGAAGGUUGACAGGUUCUGACGGACAAGUCAAUCAAGCGCUCACGAAGGAAGAUUUGCAGUCGCAGUCCCUCCGCCAACGCCGCUAACCCACUUUCAAGGGCGAUUGAAGCUGACCUUAAUUUUGCGGAUUGGCUGGCGCAAUCUUCCAGACCGAUGUAUGGAGAGAUCAGGUAGCCGGAGCCCACGGUCACAGGCGUGCCUGCAAAGUGGGUCCGGUAAGAGGAGCGACUCCGUCAAUCGACCGUUCGUGCCGGAGAACUGGCAUUAGCGAUGACUCCUCCACAAACUCCGCCAAAUCACUAUGAAGGGCGAAUGAAGCUGGUUACGGACGUCCGGACCUGCCAGCGCAUGCUUCCGCACAGAGAUUAGGCGGGACCGGAAUGCUUACUGUGCCCGAGUUGGACGCCAAAGCUGGGUGGGUACGAGCUCACGUUGCAGCUCAUAUACAUAGCGUAGGCGUAUCCUAACCCCAAUCCUAACCCUAGUCAAUUCCGUCGCAAUAUCCCGGUCAAGCGAGAGCGGGCGAUAUGACCGGUAGCCAGCCCAGUGGCGGAUGGCCAAGCCGUA